UAUAGGGACGAGUUUUCUUGUUUGGCACACUUCGAACAACUGCGCCACACCUCUCUCUCUCUCUCUCUCUCUCUCUCUCUCUCGUUCCCGACAGAUCAAGGUGACGAACUUGCUGUUACAGCUGAGAUUGGCGUGUCGUUGCAUGGAUGGAUUCUUCAGGUGUGCAACAUCAGGAAAUGUCCGGUUCGCUUGAAAGCAUGCUGGUCUGCACGAAACCCCAGCAGGACAGCAAGAAGCCCAGGCCUCAGCCAGAGCAAGCCCUAAAGUGCCCGAGAUGCGACUCCACCAACACCAAGUUCUGCUACUACAACAACUACAGCCUCUCUCAGCCCCGCUACUUCUGCAAGUCCUGCCGGAGGUACUGGACCAAAGGCGGGACCCUCAGGAACGUCCCCGUCGGCGGCGGCUGUAGGAAGAACCGGAGGUCGUCGUCGUCCUCCUCUUCUUCCUCGAAGAGAACCCAAGACCAGCAGCUCCUCACAUCCAGUGCCAAUUCGGUCCUCAAUGGACUCCCCGGGUUGAGUACUUUCGACUCGAGCGAUCUCACGCUCGCAUUCGCCAGGCUCCAGAAGCAGGCCAGCGGGCAAUUCGGGCUCGAUGACCAUGACCUUCCAAUUCUAGGAAAACCCAACAUCCACCCAAGCGAUGUUUUGGGCAACCACGGCGGUUUCCUCGAUUCGCUCCGGCACGGGUUUAUCGAGAGCCAUCAGGGCAAUUUCCAGAAUUUCUAUUACGGCCAUGGGGGCGCAAACGCCGGAGACCUGAUGGAGAAUGGCUGCGGCGCAGGAGAGAUGGGACUCGGGUACGAUCAAGAAAUGAGCGGCCCCCAGACGACGGCGGCGGUGACGAUGACGACGAUGAAGCAAGAGCUGUGCUCCGGCGGGGAAGGUGAGAACAGGAUCUUGUGGGGAUUCCCAUGGCAGCUCAAUGCCAAUUAUGCAGAUGGAGGGAACAUGAUGGGUGAACUUGAUUCUGCAAGAGGAAGCGGCUGGAGCAAUGGGCUCAGCUCCCCAUGGCAUGGCCUUCUUAAUAGCCCUCUGAUGUAGGAACUCAACAAGAUUUUCCAAGUUGAAGUGUAUGCAAUUAGUUUAAGAAGUGGCCAGAGGGCAUUAGGGGGUUCCUCCUGUUCCAGAAUGAAUGAAUCCAUUGUCUUAAAGGAAUUUGGUCCUCUGUGUGGUGUGCUAAGGGAUGAGAUUAGUCUAAAAUCAUCUCCAAUUUUUCUUGGGGGUUUUUCCUUUUCUUUUAAAAUCUUUAAUCUUUCCUUGUUUAAUUUAAUGAGAGAAUGGAAUUUCGAUUUUCCUUUU